AUGUCAUCUUGGCAUGGUUAUCGUCAUCGUCGAUCAUCAAUAUUAUUGUAUCGUCGGACCAAACAAACUCGAAAGUGUUGUAGUUUAACAAAAAAAGAUAUUUUUCGUAUUCUAAGUUCUCUUGCACUUCCUUUGAUGCUUGGAAUAUUUACGGUAGUACUUUCUUUUGAUCAGAAGAAUUUAGCAACAAAACAACGAUUAGAAGAUCGUCGGCUAGCUGAUGAACAACGUGAACAAGAUUUAAAUAUUUCUCAUGAGCAAAGACGUGAAGAUAGAGAAUUAGCACGUGAACAUCGAUUACAAGAUUUAAAUCAAUCAAUUCUUCAACGUACACUUGAACGAAUGAUAGCUGAUGAAACACGAAAUAUUAGUGAACAAACACGAAUACAUCAAUUUAAAAUAGAAGAUAAACGUUAUCGUGAUGUUCUUCUCACAAAUUAUAUUAAUCAAAUGAGUGAUUUAUUAAAAGAAAUUAAUGAAAGUAUAACAAAUAAUUCGUUAUUACGUACAUUAAUACGUUUGAAAACAUUAACAUUGUUGCGUCAACUUGAUUCGAAUAGAAAUUCUGAAGUAAUUCGUUUUCUUUAUGAAGCAAAUCUUUUAAGUUCACAUGAAAAAUCUCCUAUUGAUUUAUAUACCGGUGAACUAUUAAGUAUUGAUAUGAGUAGUAAAAUAAUUGGUGAAAAAAUGCACAAUUUAUAUUUAUCGGGUGCUGAUCUUACAGGUAGUUCAUUUCGUAAUCGUGAUUUAACUGGAACAAAUUUCUCUGGUGCAAUACUUACUGAUGUAGAUUUUUCUUUUACGAAAUUAACUAAUACUGAUCUUUCAUAUACAAAAUUCAAUGGUUCAUUUAAAUUAUAUAAAACUGAUUUGAGAAAAAUUAAUUUAGCUUAUGCUAAUUUAAUGGGAAUUGAUUUCACUGACAUAUUAUCGAAACCAUCAAAUGUUAAUCAAUUAGAUUCAUACAGAUCUGUUGUAUAUGUUAAUUUUACACAUGCUAAUUUGAUUAAUACUCGUUUCUGUGAAGUUUCUUUUUCAUCAGUUCAUUUUGGUGGUGAAUUACGAUUCAUUGAUUUUUCGAAUACAUCAUGGAUGAAUGUGAUACUUCAAAGUGUUAGUGGAACUCAUUUAAAUUUUGCUUAUUCAUAUUUUGUUCAUAAUGUAACAUUUGUCGAUGUAGAAAGUAUUAGGAAUGCAUCAUUUUUUAUGGCUAAAUUAAAUUAUGUUAUAUUUAGCGAUGAGAAUUACGGAUCUUAUCUGCAAAAUAUUACUUUUGAUUUUGCUCAACUAAAAAAUGUUAGGUUUCUUGGUACGAAUAUAAUUUAUUCAUCGUUUGUUAAUGUAACAAUUACCAAUUCGUCUUUUGAUAUUAAUUAUUUAUAUAAUUCGACUUUUAUCAAUGCAAUUAUGUCACAAGUUACAUUUAGUGUUACAAUGCGUUAUGUUAUUUUUGAUAAUGUUGUUUUUAAUAAUUCCAUUAUCUUUUCUAAAGGUAGUUAUAUCUUUCGAAGCUCAUUUCGACAAGCUCAUAUGCAAAAUAUUAUUGCAGAUCAGUGUGAAUUUUUAUCUGUUGAUAUGAAUCGAGUCAAUUUAAAUAAUUCUACGAUGUUUGCUAGCUAUUUAUCAAUGAGUAAUUUAAUCAAUAGUGAUUUUACUGGAGUUAAUCUAUUGAUGGCUAAUCUUUCUCAUUCGAAUUUAUUCAAUGCUUGUAUUACUGAUGAACAACUUUAUUCAGCUAUUUCCAUUGAAAAUACGAUAUUGCCGAAUGGAACAAUUGCUUAUGAUAUGCCUUUAAUUCGUAAUGGAAAUGCUGAUUGUCAUAAACGUGUGGAAGAAGAUUGGAAUGUUGAACCAUCUAACUCGAUUUUAUUGACAAAAUUCAUGAAUGAUAACCACAGUGCUAAUCGUGAUGUCGAUUGUAUGUUUGUUGCUAAUAGAUCUUUAAUUAAAAAUAAUUCAUUGAAAAACGUAACAAUGAGUCAACGAAUUGAUGUUACACGUUACAGAUCAAUUUUUCUUCAUAAACUUGCAGUAUUACAGAUUAUUAGUGAUUGUAAUCAAUAUGUUGACAUCAUUGUGAUCGAACGAAAUGAAGACAACGAAAUUUUAAAUGUAUGGACAUUACAAAAACAAGGUUACAAUUCAUAUCCUGAAAGUAAAACAACUACUAUUGAAAUAAAACUUCAAUUUGAUAUGAACGAUAACAAGACGGCUAUGUGCGAUAAUAUUCGAUUUUAUAUCAAGCUACGUUGUUAUUUGUGCGUUGAUUCUUCGUAA